AUGGAGAGCACCGCCCGCGUCUUCCCGCCCCUUAAAGGGCCAGCCACGAACCGCCAAGCCGCCUAUCGUCUCAACCUCGAGCAACGCUUCGGCGACGCUGCGACCGUCGCCGAGGGCUUCCAAGCAGACGACGCGGCCGCCGGUCAGGGAGGACCCCCGGACCCCGCCGCGGCCGCAGCGGCUAUCGCGCCGUACCCGGGGGACAUCGACGACGAGACCGCGGCCGACCUCGCCCGCCUGCUGGACCCGGACUCGGAGCAGCCGGACCCCGCCGCGCUCCGGGCGGGUAUGGCGCCGUACCUCGGGGACAUCGACCGGUACAUGCGGUCCCUGGAGGCAUCGAGGAGGCCGAGGGAUGACUAUAUCUGGACAACACAGGAAGAUAUCAAUCCCAAAAUGAGGGCGGUCCUAGUGGACUGGCUGGUGGACGUGGCUUGUACAUUCAGGCUUCCUGCUGACACACUUCACCUUGCAGUUUCAUAUGUCGACCGCUUCCUCACAACAAGUGUCAUUAAACGGCAUGAGCUGCAAUUACUUGGUGUGACCGCAUUGCUUGUUGCUGCGAAAUAUGAAGAUGACAUAUUUGUGCAUGAGGUCCAAAGAUACAGGGGCGUUACUGGCAACACGUACACCGCGCAGCAGGUUGUGAAGAUGGAGACUGACAUACUGAAAUCUCUUAACUUUGAGAUGGGGAGUCCUACUGCAAGAACUUUUCUAAGGAGAUACAUAACUGUUUGCCGCGGACGCGAUCGUGCAAAAGCGGAGAAGCUGGAGUUUCUGUGUAGCUACCUUGCAGAAUUGAGCUUGCUGGACUAUGACUGCAUACAGUUCAAUCCAUCAGUUGUUGCUGCUGCCUGCCUUUUUUUGGCCAGGUUCACAAUCAGCCCAACUGCCCAUCCUUGGAACCUGACGCUGCAAAGGAACACGAAAUACAAGGUCUCCGAUCUCAAGUCUUGCAUCUUGAUGAUACACGAAUUGCAGUUGAAUGGAACGUAUCCGGGCCUGAAAGAAGACGCCGUCAAAGUCAAGUAUAAUGAUCGCGAGCUUGAGGGUGUGUCGGCAAUGGCUUCACCUAAAAAUAUGCCUCCGCAUUUCCUGAAGAACAUCAGACGGUGAAAGGCCAAAGUACUCUUGCAACAUCUUUUGCAGGCGUUGCAGAAACUACAAGUAGGGUUCUUUUGUUAGUAGAUAGACUACAGGCUUUGUUCAGGCAUUAGGGAUUUGGGGCAUCAUCUGUCGGCUUCCUGCUUAUCCAUGCCUGCCGGGCUUUAGCAGAAUCAGUUCCAGUUCCAGUUGCGUUGUAGCAGUGCGGCUACCUUCAUUGAUAUGUUGCCAUGAUAUGCGACUGGAGCAUUUUUGUACAUAUGAUAGAAUACGAUGGUGCCAUACUCGGUGAUAUUCCAUAUGAAGUUUCAGGGCAAA